AAAAAUCAAUCUGAAUACACAGGACGCGACUGUUGGCACAGGAGAGAAUCCAAGUGACCCAUAAGAUGGUAUAGAGGUGAUUUUGUAAUAAGCUCCAAUGUUUUGGCUAUAUAUAAACACACAUGCACUAUCCCCAUCCCUCUCAUCCCCAACUGUCUCCUUAAACACCAUUCUCUCUCGUCAUUAUGGACACAAAGAAGGUUUUCUUCUCCUCCCUCUGUUUCUUCCUCUUCUCCAUCCUCACAGGUUAUCAAGGGGUGUAUGGUUCAUCUCACCACCACCACCACCACCACCACCGCCAUCAUAAUCUUUACGGUUUUCGUCCGGCGAAGCUUUUUGUAUUCGGGGACUCGUAUGCUGACACUGGGAACAACAAGAAAUCUGACGGCAACUCUUGGAAGGUUCCUUAUGGUAUUACCUUUCCCGGCAAACCUGCCGGCCGUUUCUCCGACGGCCGUGUCCUCACCGAUUUCAUUGCGAAGUUUUUUGGAUUCAAGUCUCCGAUAGCGUAUAGAUGGAGAAAUAUGGGAGGAAAACGUCUACGUAAUGGGAUGAAUUUUGCUUAUGGAGGGACAGGAGUGUUUGAUACGUUGGUUUCGUAUCCAAACAUGACCACCCAGAUCGGUUUUCUCCAGAAGCUGGUCAACGACUCCGUCUAUACCAAAGAGGACUUGCAAUCUUCGCUCACUCAUGUCUCUGUCGCCGGCAACGAUUACAGUGCUUACUUAGCCAAAGGUGGCAACACUGGUCAGGGUUUGCAAACCUUCAUUAUGCAAGUCGUUAGUCAAAUUGUCAUUGACCUAAAGCGCAUCCACAGCAUGGGAGUGAGAAAAAUAACUGUGACAGCUCUACAGCCCCUUGGAUGCCUCCCUCGUAACACCGUCACGACUUCGUUUCAGCAAUGCAAUGCAACUCUGAACACAGCAGUGAGCUUCCACAACCUCCUGCUGCAGCAAGCUGUGGCUAAGUUGAACAACGAGACCAAGGAUUCUUCUUUUAUUAUUCUCGAUCUUUAUACUUCUUUCACUUCGGCAAUCAAGAACCAGACUGUCUAUCCAGAAAGUUUGAAGUUUGAGACUCCAAUAUUAAAGCCAUGUUGUAUGGGUAUGAGCAAUGAAUAUUCAUGUGGGAGUGUAGAUGAUAAAGGAGUGAAGAUGUAUGCAGUAUGUGACAACCCUGAUUCUGCAUUCUUCUGGGACACAGUGCACCCCACACAAGCAGGAUGGCGUGCAGUGUUUCCGUCUUUGAAAGCUACUCUUCAACAAAUUUAAUUACUAGCUAGCCUCCAUCUGUUAAUUGCCAAAAUGUGGUGUUAUCUUCUUUAAUUUGUAUCCAAUUUUUUUUUUUUUUUUUUUUUUUUUUUUUUUUUUUUUUUUUAUUCUGUUCAAGUUUGUGUGGAAGCGUUGGUUCUGUCAAAUUUAUGGUUCACUGGAUUAGAUCAAGUAGCGUAACUUUUUUGUUA